AUGGAUAUACGAUUAUCUGGAGCUACACGGUUUCAUUUCUACGAAGGGAAGGUUCUUUUGGCAUACUGGGGAGACGACAAGGGGCCAUUGGGACAAACAAUUUUGAUCGCACGAGCCAAAGUACACGCUGAGGACUACAAUGAAUUCGCCUCGGUCCUCCUUGCUGUUGCACGUCCCCAACCCCCUCGAUUGCUCAGCCCUGUUACGAAUCGCUUCAUCGUAAAGCAGAACAAAUCGGACAAGCUUUCCGCAUUCCGAGAUGAGCGAUAG